AUGCCCGCCGCCGGUCACGGUAAAUCAACCUUCUUCCUCUUCCUUUUUCCUUCCUCCUCUCGCCAACCCACCACUGCCGGCGCCGGUGUUCAAUGUUCAUCUCAUGAUUCCGAAAUUCUUGCAAGCUACUUUAGCCCCUUCCGAGUCCCCACGCAUCGUCUCGUACUCUGUGUACACAUCUGCUUUAUGUAUGCACUCUAUGCAGAGUACUCUGCACCGCACUGGCAUUCUCGCGGCAUUCCCACGGAAUUCUCGCGGCCGCGGAAAGGAGGCGGAGGCCGAAUGAAGCGUGAGCGUUCUCGAGCGAACCGGUUCGGAGCGUUAGGAGAGCUUGAAAGAGAGCUUGGAGGGGGCUCCGGCCGGCCGGCCGCGAUCGACGACGACUCAAAUAUUGCUGGGCCAAUGCGGCCGACCGACUGGCUGGCUGGCCGCUGGCCUGUGCGCGUCUGCCAGUGCCAUCUACGGAGAGAUAUGAACUUCUUCAAGCCACCAUCGGAAAGGUCCCACGUUUCGGAGUGA